CCGGAAUUUUUAAAAGGCAGUUUACAUUAGUGGAGAAAACAAGUAUUGGCUAUUGCACCAGAAACCAAUUGAAAUUUUAGUAUCUUAUUGAAACAGUAUUAACGAAGAGAUCAGUAUUCAGAUUUAAAAGAAAAGCCUUAAAAGAUGCCUUCCAAUGAAAAUGCUCGUAUUAAAACCUACAAAAACAAAGGAAGAGAUGUCGACGAGAUGAGAAGACGUAGAAAUGAAGUAUCUGUAGAACUAAGAAAAUCCAAGAAAGAUGACCAGCUGUUAAAAAGGAGAAAUGUGGCAAUAGAUGAAGAACCUACCAGUCCUUUAGGAGAUGCCACAAAUAAAACCAAUGCCUCUGGACUGACCUUAGUUGAGAUUAUAGCAGGCAUUAACAGUACAGAUGCUGCUACACAGCUGCAAUGUACACAGGGGGCAAGAAAACUGCUGUCAAAGGAAAGGAAUCCUCCUAUUGAUGAUAUUAUCCAUGCCGGAGUAAUACCUCGAAUGGUGGAAUAUCUCGGUCACAAUGACAGGCCAGAUUUGCAGUUUGAGGCUGCCUGGGCUUUAACCAACAUUGCCUCGGGAACCAGUGAUCAAACUAAAGUUGUAGUAAAGGCAGGAGCUGUCCCUCCAUUUAUAAAACUUUUAGAAUCUUCUCAUCAUAAUGUUUGUGAACAAGCUGUUUGGGCUCUUGGUAACAUUGCAGGUGAUGGACCAGAGCUUAGGGAUUAUGUUACUGAGAUGGGAAUUGUUGAACCACUGUUAAGAUUAAUAAAAACGGAUACACCACCUGCAUUUUUGAGGAAUGUCACAUGGACUUUGUCCAAUCUUUGUAGAAACAAGAAUCCCCCACCAAAGUUUAAGAUAGUUCGUCAGUUUUUACCAACAUUAGCCAGACUACUACAUCAUACAGAUAGAGAAGUAUUAACAGACACAUGCUGGGCUUUGUCCUAUCUCACUGAUGGUACUAAUGAUAAAAUACAGGAAGUUGUAGAUAGUGGUGUGGUGCCGCGACUUGUUGAAUUACUGGGUAGUAAUGAAGUCCCUGUGAUAACUCCAGCAUUACGUGCUAUCGGAAACAUUGUUACUGGUGAUGAUCAUCAAACACAACUUGUUCUGGAUCAUAACUGUCUUGACCCUUUCCACGACUUGCUCAAACAUCCCAAAAUCAAUAUACAAAAAGAGGCUGCAUGGACGAUAUCAAAUAUAACUGCUGGAAAUACUGCACAAAUACAACAAGUUGUAGAUAAACAGUUGUUACAACCUAUACUGGAAAUACUGAUCAAGGGUGAUUAUAAGAGUCAGAAGGAAGCAGCCUGGGCAAUUACAAACCUGACAUCAGGAGGAACUGUAGAACAGAUAGCCUAUCUAGUACAGUUGGGAGCUAUCAAACCACUAUGUGAUUUACUGACAGUCAAGGAAGCUAAAGUCUCACUAGUUAUUCUGGAUGCUGUUAAUAAUAUUAUAACAGCAGCAGAAAAGAUAGGCCAGCAAGAGAUUGUAUGUGUAAUGGUUGAGGAAAGUGGUGGUCUAGAUAAAAUAGAAGAUUUACAGAAUCAUGAGAAUGAACAUGUGUACAAGGCAGCUUUAGAAUUGAUAGAGAAAUGGUUUGGUGGAGAGGAAGAGGAUGAGAGUUUAGCCCCAACAUCUACAGAUGGUAAUGCCUAUCAAUUCAAUGCAGCAGCAACCAUUCCACAACAAGGUUUCUCUUUCUGAUCUCAGGGUCUCUGACAUUGUAAAAGUAGACUGUGAUAUCAAUUAAAUGAUGAUGAUGAUGUCUUGGUGAGGUUGUAUGCUGAGAAACAUUUUAAAAAGAACAAGAGAAGCAUAAUACUGCAGUGGAAUUAUAAUAGAAAACAAAAAGUGCUAUCACUGUUUUGAAUGUUAUGUCUAAUUGUAAAGUGCUCAAUUGUAUUAAUAUUUUUAAUCUGGAAGAAUUUAUGAUUUUGAAAAAGUUAAUAUAUUAUUUCUUGUCUAAAAAGAGGCAAAAUAUUGCAAAUGUUGAUUUAUAUUAUUUUUAAUACAAUGUGAUGUAUCAAAAAUUAAUUCACUCUGAUGCAAAGAGGUGUUUAAUAUAGAAAGUAUUGGGAAAUAUUUUUGUCAACUGAGAAAAAUAAAUGGACAUUAGGGUUGCAAUGACACAUAUAUGGAUUUCUUCAUUUUAACCAAUGCUUUACAAAUAGUUCAGUAUCCUUUAGAUAGAAUAAGUUGGAACACUUCGAUUUUUCUAACUAAGAUGUAAAUAUAGAAUCUCCUUGAUUUACACCUAUUUGACAAAUUUCAAACCAUCUUAGGAGAGUAUGGUGGUUCUAUACAUCAUUGCAAUCCUAGUCUAUAACAGAAUAAAUGUGCAAUACCAUA